AUGGAAAAUCCCAACCAAACUACUCUGAAUAAGAAUAAUUUUCCAAAACUUUUACAUUCUUUAGUUGAUCAAGUUGAAAUAUAUUCAUCUAAAAAUAUCAAAAGCGGAUUCAGAGCAACGGGGAUCUACCCAUUCAACCCAAGAGAAGUAAUGAAGCGUGUACCAGAGUAUCAAGAAGAUGUGGCAUCAUAUGAGAUUGACAAUGAAUUGCUAGACUACUUAAAGCAUAGCAAAGAGAAGACUAGCAGUAAAAAAGGAAGAAAAAACGUCGUUUGA